GUUUAUAUAAGUAAAAAUAUUAAAAACAUGCGUUAUGAAGAAUUUCAACAUUCUUUGUAAUAUUUGUCACACACUACUGCUUUACACGUGAAUAAUUAAACUUCGGAAUAUCAAGACGAUAAUAAAAUUAAAACCAAUUUACUUUAAAUUAAUAUAAAAAUAUAAAUGGCGUUGUGAGUUACGAAGCAGUAGCCUUUGAUAUCUCGUCUAGUACUCAACAUUGUUGGAUUAAAGUGUAUUAAUUGCUGUAAUAAAAUGAUUAAUUACUUAUUUAAAUUUACAAUUGUGUCUGCCAUUUUCGGGUUAUCUAUGCAGAAAAGGGAACUAGUAACGGUUUCUGUGGUUUUUAGGCAUGGAGAUAGGACAGCUACAUAUACUUAUCCUUUAGAUCCAUAUAACGAUAUACUUUACAAUGAAACUGAAGCUGGAGAACUCACCUAUGCAGGAAAAAAUCGCCAGUACCUCUUAGGAAAGUUUUUGAGAGCCCGUUAUGAAGAUUUUCUUCCACAGCUGUAUUCCAGAAAAGAUAUAUACGUUGUGUCCGAUGAUAUGGACAGAUGUUUAAUGUCAGCAGCUGCAAAUUUAGCAGGUAUUUACACUCCAGAAAAUGUUACAAGCUCGGAUGAAAUUUGGGACAAAAAUUUCCAAUACCAACCUGUUCCAAUUCAUAUAGAUGCCAAGUUACUAUGGGGUGAACCUUUCAAUUGUCCCUACUACUACGAAUUAGAAGACGAUUUGUAUAAUUCCGACUACGUCAGAAACAUUGAUGAGGAAAACAAAGACUUUUACGCUUACAUUAACAAUCAUACUCAACUUAAUAUUACAAGUCUGCGUGAUAUUGGAGGCAUCUACCAAGUCCUCUAUAUUGAAUCUGAAAUGAAUUUGGAACUUCCAGAGUGGACUAAAGCAGUAUAUCCAGGCAAAUUAAACGAACUAGCUGCCAUUAGUAAAUAUAUACAGGCUUUUAAUAAAGAAGUGGCAAAAUUUAGCGCAGGGCCUCUUUUGCGUACAAUUAUAAAUGGUUUCAAAGAUCGCAGUUAUAAAAUGCUGAUGUACUCAGCACAUGAUACGAACAUUGCCCAACUAGUAUAUACAAUAGCUCCACAACACGAGAAAUUCUGUCCGGAGUUUGGCAGUAUGGUUAUUUUUGAAUUAUGGAGGAAUGGAGAGGAUGAAUAUGUUGAAGUUUAUUUAAAGAGGGACGAUAAUGUGACAAAGAUCGAAGUUGAAGGUUGCGAGGAACUUUGUAGUCUUUCUGCAUUUAAGUCAGCUUUAGCUGAAGUAACUAUAGAAGAAGAAAAGCUGGUUGAAUUAUGUAGAGCAACAUCAGGAGCUAUUUCAAAAACUAGUUUGAUUUAUUGUGUUGUGGUUAUGUUAGUUCUUGUUUUAAAUAUGUGGUAAAUGAAUUUAAUAAAAAAUUAUCAUAAAUGAA